CAGCAACAACACUCAUCUCACACAAACUGCUGUAAGUACUCGGUUAAAUAACCAAAUUUAUCUAAGUUAGCAGCAACAAGUAUCAUUCAGAGGUAGACGUGUUUAAUAUUACUGCUCGGCAUUAUCAACCAAAACCGCCGAAUGCCGUUUUCGUGAUAUUUAAACGUUGGCACCGGAGGAAACGUGAAAAGGUCUAUAUUGGAUUCUUGCAUCAUGACAAAUGAGGAUGAUAAGGUGAUCCCGGUGCGGGUUGCCUUGCGCUGUCGUCCGCUGGUACCUAAAGAAAUCAACGAGGGAUGUCAGUGCUGUCUCACUUUUGUGCCUGGAGAGCCACAGGUGAUCGUUGGCACAGAGAAGGCGUUCACCUAUGAUUACGUAUUCGAUCCCACUACUGAACAAGAGGAGGUCUUCAAUACGACUGUGUCCCCCUUAUUGAGUGGACUUUUUAAAGGCUACCAUGCCACAGUUCUUGCAUACGGACAGACGGGAUCAGGAAAGACCUACUCCAUGGGAGGAACAUACACUUCAGCUCAAGAAAAUGAUCCGACAGUCGGAGUUAUUCCUCGAGUCAUCAGGAUGAUCUUUGAGGAGAGGGAGAAGAAGACAGACUGUGAAUUUUGUCUGGCAGUGUCUUACCUGGAGAUCUAUAAUGAAGACAUAUUGGACUUGCUGUCUGCAUCUAAGGACAAACCUUCCCUAAGCAUCAGAGAGGACCCUAAAGAGGGCAUCAAGAUUGUGGGUUUAACUGAGCGGCGGGUGUUCAAUGCCCAUGAGAUGGUGGGCUGUCUGGAGGUUGGGAACUCUGCCCGCACCGUGGGUUCCACGGCGAUGAACGCCGCCUCCUCACGCUCUCACGCCAUCUUCACCAUCACACUGGAGCAGCGCAGAGGGACAGACAAAGCCGACUCUGUGGUUUCAAAGUUGCACCUUGUGGACCUGGCUGGUUCAGAAAGGCAGAAGAAAACCAAAGCAGAGGGAGACCGUUUAAAGGAAGGCAUCAGCAUCAAUCGUGGCCUUUUGUCUUUGGGUAACGUGAUCAGUGCCUUGGGGGAUGAAAGCAAGAAAAACACCUUUGUUCCUUACAGAGACUCCAAGCUCACCCGCCUGCUGCAAGAUUCUCUGGGAGGCAACAGCCACACUUUGAUGAUUGCGUGCGUCAGCCCUGCAGACUCAAACCUGGAGGAGACCAUCAACACGCUGCGAUAUGCUGACAGAGCUCGCAAGAUUAAAAACAAACCAAUCGUCAAUGUUGACCCCAGAGCUGCAGAAAUGAACCGUCUGAAACAACAGGUUCAGGAGCUGCAGGUGAUGCUCCUUCAUGCCCGUGGAGGAGUCGCUCCGGUGCUCUCUGGUCCAGAGUCAGCGGAGAACGUGAGUAAGCUGUUGGAAAGGAAUCGCGCUCUGCAGCACGAGAACAAUAAGCUGAGCAGAGAGCUGAGCGAGGCAGCUGGACAGACUGCGCUCAUGUUUGAGAAGAUCAUCAUGACAGAACAUGCAAAUGAGAAACUGCAAAGCAGAAUUGAACAACUGCGAAACCAUGCAGCAUGUACAGUGGAUCUUGAGAAAGUGUUGGAGACUCUGGAGGACCAGGAGCUGAAGGAGAACGUUGAGGUGAUGAAGAACCUCCAAGACGUCAUCAUGGAGCUCAAGAAUGAGAGUGCAGGCAUCGCUGCCUCCAUCGAUGCUAUGGCUGCAGGAGAAGACGCAGCUGAGGUGUCUGGGAAUGGCAGUAAAAAUGGCACAGAUGAAUCCCCAUCAAUUACACAGGAUGUCACUGGCAUCGCUGGUAAGGACUCUCCGGAGGCCUUUACAACCCAUCAUGCACUGCGGCAGGCCCAGCUCUCCAAGGAACUGAUCGAGCUGAACAAAGUGUUGAGCUUGAAGGAAGCUUUUGUGAAGAAAAUGUGCCAGAAUGACAACCAGCUGGAUCCGAUGCAAUCAGAGCACCAGAAAAAUGUGCAAACUCUACAGACUGCAGUGGAUUCUCUGCAGAAGGAGAAAGAGGACCUUGUUUUGGCACUUCAGUCUGCAAAGAAAGACACUAACCAGGCCAAGCUCAGCGAACAGCGGAGGAAGAGACUUCAGGAGCUGGAGGGCCAACUUGUUGACAUGAAGAAGAAGCUUCUCGAGCAGUCCAAGCUGCUGAAAAUCAAAGAAUCCUCCGUUCAAAAAGUCGGCAAGCUCAUGAGUGAGAUACAGGCUAUGAAGACCCAGCGUACGCAGCUGAUGAGGCAGAUGAGGGAGGACUCUGAGAAAUUCAGACAGUGGAAGAGCAAGAAGGACAGGGAGGUGAUUCAGCUGAAGGAGAAGGAUCGUAAACGCCAGUAUGAGCUGCUUAAACUUGAGAGGGAUUUCCAGAAACAGGCCAAUGUUCUGCGUCGUAAAACUGAGGAGGCUGCAGCUGCAAACAAGCGUUUGAAAGACGCCCUGCAGAAGAGAAGUGAGGUGGCCGACAAACGUAAAGAUAUCCAUAACAGAGGAAUGGAGGGAGCUGCUGCAAGAGUUAAAACAUGGCUUCUCAAUGAAGUGGAGGUGAUGGUGAGCACAGAGGAGGCCCGGCGCCACCUCAAUGACCUGCUGGAGGACAGAAAGGUCUUGGCUCAGGAGAUCACCCACCUCAAGCAGCAGAUAGAAGCCGGAGACCGACCCGCUGCGAAAAUCAGGCGCCGGACGCUGAUCAUCUCUGAGCUGGAGACCCAGGGGGCGCUGGAAACACCUCUGACCAAACAGGUGGAGAACCUGGAGACAGAGAUGGGCCUCAGAAACGCCCAAAUAGCCGACCUUCAGCAGAAAGUUCUUGUUGCAGACGGCGAGGGACGUUUGAAGCAGCGCAUCGAUGGCAUCACAAGCAUAGUUGACGCCAAGUGUGCCCUGAGGGUCCUCAUGUCUGAGCUUUUGUCCGCUAAAACAGCCAGUGCCAAGCUGGAGAGCGAGCUCAAACAGGAAACUGGGAACGCACAAGAUUUAAGGAGGAUGUUGGCUGAAGAGAGAAAUGUGAUGUCAGCUAUGGACAUGGAGCAUCAGCAGCAGCUGGUGGAACUGGAGCAGAGGCAUCAAGAGAAGGUCCUCUACCUCCUGAACCAGCUCCAGAGCAAACCUAUAUGUGAAGAGUCGGACAAAACAAAGCAAAACGAUACGGAGAGUUCAAAGGAAAGGGAGCUUCUCCAGCGCCUCAAACUUCAGGAGGAAGAGCUUGAAAAGCUUCGAGAGUUGAGUGAGCAGAACCAGACGCUGCUGGAGCAGACUGAACAAUACAAACAGAAACUGUCAUUGCUCCACCUGGCAAGUGGAAAGAAAAUCUUCGUGCCAACAACAAACAAUGAUAGGAGCUCAGAUGACUCGUUUGAAUACAUUCCCCCAAAGCCUAAAGGGAAGCGCUUCACCACAGCUAAACGUAGCCAACACACUGUGGCCAUCAACAUUGAAGAGCUGAUGUCUCCCAGUGAGGAAGAGGAGGGGGAGGAGGAGGAGGAGGAGGAAUGGCGGCCUGAGAAACCCGAAAAGGGACGCAGAGUCUCAAAGAAACCAAAAGCAACCGGGUGUGCGUGCAAAGGCCGCUGCAGCAACAAGCAGUGCAGGUGCCGCAAAGGAAAGACGACAUGCGGAGAGAACUGCCAGUGUGAUCAUGAGAAGUGUCGAAAUAUGGACAACCGGGGACCUGCUGAGGAUGUAAGUCAGACAGAAAGUGUCUCCAGAGACUCUGUGACUCUUCAAGACCCCGCGUCUGUGAGUCCUGACAACACCACAUUCUUCAAGCCGCCGUCGUGCACGCCCACCAAAAAGGUGCUGAAAGAAAUCGGCGACAUGGGACAUGCCACUCAAGACCUGAAGCUGGUCAGGAAACCUGUCCUGCCAGAGGACGAGGAGGAGGACGAUGACGAGGAGGACAGAACGACAGUCAGCUUCCUCAAGAAGAAGAAACGAAUCCUGACGAGUUUUCAGAACAGUUUUUUCUCCGGAUGCACUCCGAUCAGAGAGGAGUCGUAAUCAGCACAGAGCAGGGUAGGGCUUUGUACUCUAGACGUCUGUGUGUGUUUGCUUCAGUGUUUUGUCCGUCUUUUUUCUAUGUUUCUGAAUUGUUUUGUGCUGUAACGUGAAAGUAGAUGUCGAUUUGCUGUUGACUUUGUUUUCUGUAGAGGGUAACACCCCGAGUAGCAUCGAAUCUUUUAUUGGAAUUCACAAUGAGAUGACGGAGAAGCCUGUAAAUAAGAUUUUAGUUUAACAUGUUAGAUAUUUCCUAGCGCUGAAUAAAGUCUUACAGUCUAAUUUUUGUUUUUAAGAACGAACUGUUUUUCCUUUUUACCAGGGUUUCAUAUCAGCGUCAUCAGAGGAUAUCAGUGGAAAAUCACUUAUUUAAUCCAUUAGUCUGUUAAAGAGCUGGAUUUUGGGGGCAGAUGCCAAUACUGAAAUUCCAAACUGACACAUAGAUGUACAUAAAGUUCAUUAGGAAUUUUAUAAUUCUAAUUUACUCUAAGCAUAUUGUUUCUGUAUUGUGUUCUGUUGGAGAUAAACUUUUUAAAUUGUGCAUAUCAUACAACAUAUAAGCCAAUACCGAUAUAUCUGGGAGGGGCCAAUGUCGGCCGAUAAACUUGACUAAUCAAUAUAUCAGUCAGACUUUAUUCUGUCGAGACAUUUUUACAAGUUUUAGUGGAAAGCCUCUUGGCCUUUGAUUUUUGAAAAUGAAAUCUGAAAAACUGCAUUAAUAUUCUGCUCAACUAAAUUUGUAUUUGAGGUGGAGGUUACUUUUCCCUGUGUAGCGCACAUAUUUCAAACACUCAGACGAACAAAAUAAACAGCAGUUCAGCAAAAU